GUCAACGCCGUGGCUAUGCAAUGGAGGCGUAAAGGCGUGUGUUGACGUGUGUAGACGUUUUAAGGCCGUUCGAAAAGUAUUAUGUGAUUAUUGUGCAAUAUAACACUUCGAGUUUGGAUUGUUGAAGUCUGUAUCGCCAGACUGCGCUUGUUUGAUUCGUCUUUGUUUUGAAAUUCGUACGUGGGCGAGGUGGCAGGAUUGUAGAAUCCGCCCUGCAGGUAAAAUUUCAAAAAUUCAAUACAAGUGAGUCUAAGAUGACAAGCAGUAGUCCAACCAGUGCAGAUGCCUGCCUCAGUAUCGUUCACAGUUUAAUGUGCCAUCGACAAGGAGGGGAAAGUGAGAGUUUCUCAAAGCGGGCCAUUGAGAGCCUUGUCAAAAAGUUAAAGGAAAAGAGGGAUGAACUUGACAGUUUGAUUACUGCCAUUACAACCAACGGAGCUCAUCCAAGCAAGUGUGUCACUAUUCAGAGGACACUAGAUGGAAGACUUCAGGUGGCUGGAAGAAAAGGUUUUCCACAUGUCAUAUAUGCCAGAAUUUGGAGAUGGCCUGAUUUGCAUAAAAAUGAGCUGAAACAUGUCAAGUUUUGUCAAUUUGCAUUUGACUUGAAGUGUGAUUCAGUUUGUGUGAACCCAUAUCAUUAUGAAAGGGUUGUUUCACCUGGAAUUGAUCUCUCAAGCCUCAGUUUACAGCCAUCUGGAGGAGCCUCUUCAUCUGGUGCCAUGGUGAAGGAUGAAUAUCUUUCCCGAAGCAUGGAUGUUGAUGGCAGUGGAGGUGGUCAGUCUCAGAUGGGUAUGGGGAUGUCGACACCUGGUGUGUCAGGAGUUGUCCCACAAAUGCCUCCUACAAUGCAACAACAACCUCCACAAACUAUACAGCAUCAUGGUCCUCCACCUACACCGACCUUCACUUCCAUGAUGCCACAUCCUUCUCAGAAUCAGGGGCAAUUGCCGCCUAGUAGUCCUACUAGCCCACCGCAUAAUAUGCAGCAGCAGGUGCAACAACAACAGCAACAACAGCAGCAGCAGCAGCAGCAGCAACAACAACAACACAGUAUCCCGACUCCCACACCUCAAGGAGCUUCUUCGUCGAGCAGUGGACAGGUCUUUUUUGGCAAUGACAUGCCAUCAAGCUCUGCGGGCUUGAUCCCUAUGUCACCGCAUAACCUCCAGAAUGGAUUUCAACCACUCACUCCUCAAAAUACGGUUGGCCAGCAGCAGAAUUAUGCUCCUCCGCAAGGUGGACCCCCACCUAUGGCCGUUGCCAUGAACAAUCAGCCGGUCGUCGGGUCAGGCUCGGUAUCGUGUCCUCCUACCGGGGCCGGUGUAAGUGGACAGGGUACAUGGACUGGUAAUAGCACGUUAACCUACACGCAAACUAUGCAACCUCCCGAUCCAAGAAAUCAUCACCCGAGCUACUCUUCAAUAGGGCCUCAUCAAACUCCUACCGUGCAGCAACAUGAUUUAGGAGUACAAACCGCUCUGUCGUCGCAACCAGUACCAGAAUUCUGGUGCUCGGUUGCAUAUUUUGAGUUAGACACUCAGGUGGGAGAAACUUUCAAAGUACCAUCGUCCUGUCCGACAGUCACUGUCGAUGGCUAUGUCGAUCCAUCAGGAGGUGAUCGGUUUUGCCUGGGUGCCCUUAGCAACGUCCAUCGCACUGAUCAGAGCGAGAGGGCAAGGUUGCAUAUUGGUAAAGGAGUCCAGUUGGAUUUGCGAGGAGAAGGAGACGUUUGGCUGCGCUGCUUGUCUGAUCACAGCGUCUUCGUUCAGAGUUACUACCUGGACCGAGAAGCAGGCCGAGCUCCUGGAGAUGCGGUCCAUAAGAUCUAUCCAUCGGCCUACAUCAAAGUUUUUGACUUGAGACAGUGUCACGGACAAAUGCAACAGCAAGCGGCUACUGCUCAGGCUGCUGCCGCUGCUCAAGCCGCCGCUGUAGCUGGACACAUGCCCGGCUCGAACAAUGUUCCCGGAAUGCCGCCUCCAAUCAGUUUGACGGCCGCUGCAGGCAUCGGAGUAGAUGAUUUAAGGAGGCUAUGUAUUCUCCGACUUUCUUUUGUCAAAGGAUGGGGUCCAGACUAUCCACGAAACUCUAUUAAAGAGACCCCCUGCUGGAUUGAGGUUCAUUUACAUCGCGCACUACAGUUACUUGACGAGGUAUUACAUACUAUGCCAAUUGAUGGGCCAAGACCUCAUGAAUAAAAGUAGCCAAACUCAAAAAAUGGCACUGGAACUUCCCAUUUUUACAUUGAAGCUGGAAACGUCAAUCAAUUAAAAAUUGGACGAGCCACAUUUGUGCAAUAGCAUUCGAAUUCUUUUGGGUUUCCCAUUGUAUCAUGCAUGUCCUGGACAUUCUACGAAACUUAGCUGACGUCUCUCUUGUCUAUUUUUUUUGGUUAACAGAGAGUGCUUCUUCUCUGAUGUUUGACACUAUAUCAUAUUGUUAAUGAUGCUUGGUGUGUCUCGUGAGAACUCCAAUAUUGCAUGCUGUCUUUUGUUUACCAUGUUACUUUUACAUUUGGUUACUCAGUCUGUCGAUUAAAAGAAAAAAAGAUUGCCCAGAA